UCUCUUAAACAGAGUUGCCACCUCUAAACCAAACAGUACCUUAUUCUCUCUCUCCACCAAAAACCCCUUCCUCAGCUAACGCCACUCAUGCCGGAGGAGACGACGGCGAUCGACUACGUCAUGGAAGCGGCGUCCGGCCCCCAUUUCUCCGGCCUCCGCCUCGACAGCCUGCGCUCCGCCGCGCCCUCUCUCUCGUCCCCGCGCGCUUCUGCGCCUCUCACUCCGCCGUCGUCCGCUUUCACCCCCGCCGAUUCCUCUGCGGCUGCGCAGAAGCAGCCAUUCGUGAUCGGGGUUUCGGGAGGAACGGCGUCGGGGAAGACAACUGUUUGCGAUAUGAUUAUUCAGCAGCUUCAUGAUCAUCGCGUGGUGCUCGUCAAUCAGGAUUCUUUCUACCGUGGCUUAACUCCUGAAGAGUUGGAAUGUGUGCACGAGUACAAUUUUGAUCAUCCAGAUGCUUUUGAUACUGAGCAGCUUCUUGAAUGUGUGGGAAAGCUAAAGUUGGGACAGCCCGUCCAUGUCCCAAUAUAUGACUUUAAAACACAUCAGAGGUGUUCGGAGAGUUUCCGCCAGGUGAAUGCAUCUGAUGUAAUCAUACUGGAGGGUAUCCUUGUUUUCCAUGAUCAACGAGUAAGAAACCUGAUGAACAUGAAGAUUUUUGUCGACACGGAUGCUGAUGUGAGGCUUGCUCGUAGAAUAAGGCGAGAUAUAGUGGAGAGGGGUAGGGACAUAAACUCUGUGCUAGAACAGUAUGCGAAAUUUGUGAAGCCUGCUUUUGAUGAUUUUGUUCUGCCAUCCAAAAAAUAUGCUGAUGUAAUUAUACCUCGUGGAGGUGACAAUCAUGUUGCAAUUGACUUGAUUGUUCAACAUCUUCGCACUAAACUUGGGCAGCACGACCUGUGUAAAAUAUAUCCAAAUGUCACUGUCAUACAGUCAACCUUCCAGAUUAGAGGUAUGCAUACCCUGAUUCGAGACCGAGACAUUUCAAAACAUGAUUUUGUAUUUUACUCUGACAGGCUUAUACGUCUGGUUGCGGAACAUGGUCUUGGUCAUUUACCUUUCACUGAGAAACAAAUUACCACCCCGACUGGGUCGAUAUACACUGGUGUUGACUUUUGCAAGAAACUUUGUGCAGUUUCCAUUAUUCGGAGUGGGGAAAGCAUGGAAAACGCAUUACGUGCUUGUUGCAAAGGGAUUAAAAUUGGGAAAAUCUUGAUCCACCGUGACGGUGACGAUGGGAAGCAGCUCAUAUACGAAAAACUUCCUAAUGAUAUCCGUGAGCGCCAUGUCCUCCUCCUCGACCCUGUCCUUGCUACAGGUAGACAAAUCUACUCAUAUUUAUCGAUAAUUGCUAGUAGUUGGUAA